GCCUCAAGUCCCGCCGCACCGAAAUCUUGCAUGUUCCGGCGCCGCUGAGGGGCCGGCGCGGCCCCAGCAUGGCUGUCGGCCGCCUACACGCAGUGCAUGGCGCGGCUCCGGAUGUGGUGCCGGAGGUGCCGGCGGCGAUGAGCUGCGUUCCUCCGCCGCCGGUAUUGAGGGCGCUGCUGCAGGCGGGGCUGCCGGCGCCGGCGCGGCUCCCGGCGCUGCUGCUGGCGACCUUGGCGGCGCGGGCGGCGUCCUUGCAGCAGGAGGCGCUCCCCGUCACAGCGUCGUCUCUGCAGCAGGAUCUCAGGCCGGCUCGGGCGUCCGCUUCCCCGGCGGUGAAGACGGGCUGCUUCCCGACUAUCCUCAAGGGAUGGGAGGGCGGCAAGCCCAGCACAGAGCGCCCCCUGCGGCUGGUCGUCGUGGGCAACGGGCUCACCGACGGCAUCAGCGACACGCUCACGGAGCUCGCCACGGCCAUGGGUCACUGGACCUCUGUGCAGGUCGACAAGGUGACCACGGCGAACUUCAGCCUCGGGGACCACAUGGCGGCCGCCAGACAGGACAGGUCGAGGUACGUGCCCGAGGGCGUCAGCGCCGUGAUAUUCCAGGAGCAGAGCGAGGCCCCGGGCUUCUUCGACUGGGCCCGCCGCGAGGGAGGCUUGAAGGCGUGGGACACCAGCCUCGAGAGCGUCAAAUAUUUUGCAGGCCUCACGAAGCAGGCCAAUGCCGACAUGGUCCUGCUGGGCAACUGGGGCUACCAGGACGGCGACAUCGAGAACGCCAUCUAUCCCACGUACGAUGUGAUGCAGAACUUGUUGACAAAGGGGAACCGCUUCGCGCGCG